AUGAAGCACAUGAUUAUCCUCGUUCUUGCUAUUGCAGCGACAAGACUCUUUUUAGUUGAGUCAACUAAUGGCUGCAAAGUCAAACGCCGAUCGGAAGAGCAGGAAGCAGAUGAUGGAUAUUAUUGCGUUUGCAAUAUGACGUAUUGCGACGAAGCUCCAAAUGUGAGCAGGACUUCCAAUCAAGCUAAAUAUUUCCUGAUAACAUCUAGCAAAAGUGGUUCGUUCUUCCACGUAUCGAAUGGUGUAUAUAAAAAGUCUGUUAAAACUCACAGAUCAGCCCGAUUAGGAAAGAUCACUGUAAAUCGAAAGAAUAUAUAUCAAAGAAUCUAUGGAUUUGGUGGAGCUGUAACCGAUUCAGCAGCUAUAAACAUUCAUGAACUAACGCAUGAGGUGUCCGAGUAUUUGUUAAGAAGCUACUUUGGUCCACAUGGUAUCAAUUACAAUUUCAUAAGAACGCCAAUGGGUGGCUGUGAUUUUUCAACGAGACCUUAUACUUAUGCAAUGGUAGAAAACGACACUUCACUUCACAACUUCGAUUUACAAAUAGAAGAUUACCUUUACAAGAUACCAAUAAUUAAGCGAGCUAAAGAAAUGAAGAAGGGGGAUAUAAAGUUGUUGACUGCACCGUGGAGCGCCAGUCUUUGGAUGAAAACUGAGAAGUCUUGGACGCUUAACACUAAAUUACUUCCAGAACAUCGACAAAUAUGGGCAAAUUAUUUCGUAAAAUUUUUCGAGGCUUAUCGUCAUAAUGGUUUAGAAUUCUGGGCUACAACGACUCAGAAUGAGCCAGAAAAUUAUAAGUAUAUUCCGUUAACUAGUAAUACGACUAUUAAUGCGAUGGCAUGGACAGCCGAGGAAGAGCGUGACUGGGUUAUUAAUUACUUGGCGCCAACCUUGAAGAAAAAUAAUUUCAGUCAUAUCAAAAUCUUUUCAUUGGAUGAUACCAGAUUAUCGAUUCCUGACUGGCCAAAAACAGUAUUUGAAGACAAAAAAGCAAGAAAUAUUUUUUCUGGAACUGCGGUCCAUUUUUAUUUUGAUCAUUUCAUUAGUCCAAGUGUUUUGGAUGAAAUAAAAGAACUGUUUCCAGAGAAAGCAAUACUAUACACGGAAGCUUGCGCUGGAGUUUUCGAAGACAAAAAAGUAAUGCUGGGGUCUUGGAAACGUGCUGAAUUAUACGCAGCAAAUAUUAUCGAAACCAUGUCGCACUGGGUAUCUACUUGGAUCGACUGGAAUAUUGCUUUAAAUAUGAAUGGUGGACCUAACUGGAUCAAAAAUUUUGUUGACUCUCCAAUAAUAGUCAACAGUACAGCCAACGAAUUCUAUAAGCAACCGAUGUUCUACGCAAUUGGACAUUUUUCAAAAUAUGUACCACCUAACAGCAGGAGAAUCGGCACAAAAUCGCAGAAUAUCGCAAAUAUUCGACAUAUUGCAUUUUCCACGUCUGACGGCGGUACCGUACUGGUGAUCUUAAAUCUGAAUGAACAGGAUAAAGAAAUUUUGAUUGAUGAUCCAAAAAAAGGAAUAACAAAGAUAAAUGUCCUCGCAAAGUCUAUAAAUACCAUGAAAUAUUGGUAA